AUGAUUCAUCCCACCAUUUCUGAUGAGGAGAUUCCAAAAGUGGGGAUGCUAUUUGGAACCCUAGAGGAAGCACGCCAAUUUUACUACAACUAUGCCAAUAAAAUGGGAUUCGAGCCUCAUAUAAAAAACAAUAACUUCGACAAGAAUGAAAGAACACCCAUUAACCAAUCCAUACAGUGCAAUAGAGAUGGAUACCAAACAAAGAAGAAUCUGGCAACCCAAAGGUCAAACACAGUCUCAUAUGUACACUGUAAAGCUCACAUCUAUGUGAAACUUGACACAGAGCUUGAAAAGUGGAGACUGUUGAAGGUAGAAUUAGCUCACACGCAUCGAUGUGAUCCCAGUUUGUCAUGGAUGUUUAAGAAAAACAGGGAACUCUCCAUGCACGUUAAGGAUGUCAUUGAGCGCAACGACCAGGCUGGUAUACGAUCUUCGAAGACUUUUCAGGCGCUUGCUGAUGAAGAUGGUGGUCGUUCUAAUCUGAACUUUCUUGAGAAGGAUGUUAGAAAUUAUAUAUCUGGUAAACUCCGAAUCAAUGGAGAUGAUACUGAUGCGCAAGAGAUGCUGGACUAUUUUACCAAGAUGAAAGAGCAGAACCCGAAUUUCUUUUAUGAUAUUUGUGUCUAUAGUGACAAUAGUCUCAAGCAUGCAUUUUGGGUGGAUGCUCGAUCAAAAGCUGCUGACGAGUAUUUUGGUGACGUGGUGUCAUUUGACACCACAUACAAACUCAACAAGUAA